AACUAAGCAGUGACGAACGAUAGCCAAACCUUUCGAAAUGAUCAAUCACUGUGCUAUUGUGCAUCCAGACUUGUGUCUCCGGGGCUCAUUAGUGAGUUAAGUGAGUUUAAAGCGAAUUAUGUAUUCUCUGUGCUGCGAUUGUGAUAUUGCCGUAAUAAGGGAGUAAGUUUGCCGUGAUAGGAAGGUCUGUCUUUGUACAUAUAGCCGAUUAUAAGAUGAUGACUGUACUUUAGUGCGAAGGGGGUAGCUGGCACUCUCCUGCUGAAUGCGCUAGACAGCAGUGGGGCUCCAGUUGGCUGUGUGCGCUCAGACGCACAGACGCAAGCAUCCCACUGGCUGGAGUUGGAGGACACUCGCCUGUUUUCCCUUCCACCGCUGCUCUGAUCCCUUGUCUUUGUCUCCCGGCGGUGAGAAGACCACCCGCACGGGAGGAAAAGAAAGAAAGAGUUGCUUCUUUUGUAGGCUAGAUUACUUAGAGCCAGAUAAACUGUGCCGAAUCGGGACUGGACACUCUUUUAUUUUGAGGGGAAAUUAUUUUCUCACACGAGGCGAGCUGGAUCUGGUUUUUGUACAGCGGAGCGCACACUGCUACGUCUUUUCAAUGGAUUUCACUACAGUGGAAGUACCCUGGGAAUUAAACUACUGUUAAGUCGCUUUUAGUUCGCGAAUUUCGUUCCAAUAAGGGUUUAUGUUGCACAUGGAGAGGAAGACAAUGAUCCUCUCAGUAUUGUAUGUCCUUCUGCCUCUUUUAGAUGUGUUGUCGUACGCCGAGGAGAACGUGCGUGCUGGGGCCACCCGGCUGGACUGCGUGCGGGCCAGUGAUCAGUGCAUGAAGGAGCAGGCGUGCAGCACCAAGUACCGCACGAUGAGGCAGUGCGUGGCCGGCGGCAAGGAGAGCAACUUCAGCAUGGUGGCCGGCCUGGAGGCCAAGGACGAGUGCCGGAGCGCCAUGGACGCGCUCAAACAGAGCCCGCUGUACAACUGCCGGUGUAAAAGGGGCAUGAAGAAGGAGAAGAACUGCCUGCGCAUUUACUGGGGGAUCUAUCAGACGUUACAAGGUAAUGAUUUCUUGGAGGAUUCUCCGUAUGAACCCAUGAACAGCCGUCUAUCUGACAUUUUCCGCCUGGCUCCCAUCAUGGAGGGUGGGGAACCGUGGAGCAGCUCCGCCACUUCGGCUCCAGGCAGGGGGGGUGCACAGGGCAGAGAGCCCGCACUGGGCAGAGGGAGCCCCUCCUCCACGGAACUUCAGGAUCCGAGUAGAAACAGGAGAGCUCAUCCCAAUUGGGCCAUACUGGGUGAGCCUGCAGUGGCCAGAGAGAACAACUGUCUGAAUGCUGCCAAGGCCUGCAACCUGAAUGACACGUGUAAGAAGUACCGCUCAGCCUACAUCAGCCCCUGCACCAGCCGCGUCUCCACUGCUGAAGUCUGCAACAAGAGGAAGUGCCACAAGGCCCUGCGGCAGUUCUUUGACAAGGUUCCUCCGAAGCACAGCUAUGGCAUGCUGUACUGCUCAUGCCCGCUUAGCGACCAGACAGCAUGUUCAGAACGCAGGCGUCAGACCAUCGUCCCUGUCUGCUCGUACGAAGAAAAACAGAAACCCAACUGUCUCGAACUGCAGGCCUCCUGCAAGACCAACUACAUCUGCAGGUCACGACUGGCUGACUUCUUUGUCAACUGCCAGCCAGAGCCUCGCUCGCUGACGGGCUGUCUGAAGGAGAACUACGCAGACUGCCUCCUCUCAUACUCGGGUCUGAUUGGUACCGUGGUGACUCCCAACUACCUGCGCUCGCCCAAAAUCAGCGUCUCUCCCUACUGCGACUGCAGCAACAGUGGCAACAACAAGGACGAGUGUGACAAGUUCACCGAGUUUUUCACCGAGAACACCUGCCUCCGUAAUGCCAUCCAGGCCUUUGGCAAUGGGACAGAUGUGGGAGUGUGGCAGCCAAUGUCCCCUGUCCAGACCACCACCUCAACCACCACCCCCUACAAGAGAAACCGCGAACGCAACCCCAACAUCAUCGACAACAACAUCAACACAGACCCUGGCAUCUACCACUUCUGUGGCAGCCUACAGGCUCAGAAAUUGAAGUCAAACUCAUCUGUCGAUGGCGUCUUCUGUGUGGACACUCAGGUAGACGGUCCGAGUACAUCCAACGCCAUCCUGAGGAACUCGGCUGUCUCCAGACGGCCAGCGAGCCUGGCCUCUCUGCUGCCCCCGCUGCUCUGGCUCUGGUACUGCGGCCUGCUGGCGCUCUCCUCGCCGGCCGUCUUGUAGCCUCGCCGCUUCACAGCAACAAACUACAACGGACUGACAAACACACAUUUGUAUAAAAGAAAAAGCAAAACAAGAAAUGAUAUCCUUUCUUCUCAGUAAUACCUGUUGUACUUUUAUUUCCCUCUGGAUUCUAUCUCUCUUUUGAUUCCUACUUUGUUUUUUUAUGAAUUUUGUUUGUUGUUGUUGUUUUUUUGCAUUGCAGCUGUGUGCUAAAACGGUGAUCUAUACGUGUUAACUCAGUUUGGCUGUGUGUUCCCUUUGGGUUAGUUGAGAAAUGAAAGGGAUUUAAAGCUUCUGUGUUGCUCUCUUGGGCUGAAAUGAGAAAACGCUCGAGGACUACAUUCCAAUUAACCACAGCUGGUGGCUGUUGGAAAGGUACAUACAAUGUAAAUUUUACACAGUCAAGUUGGUUUCCACCCACGUCUGUUUGUGUGUUGAGGCUAUAGGUGGGAUCUUUCGCUCAAAAGUCACAGUCAGUUCGGUACCGGCUACAUUUUAUCACUUGGGCAGCCUUCUAGGUGUUAUUCAGUCUCCUCUGUGGUUUGUGUACGUUUUGAUAAUGACGUGAUCUGGUAUUUUACAUUUUUAUGAAAGGUCCACGUGGAUAUUUACCUUACACCAAUAACUUGAAACAUCAGAGAAGUUAGAACAUCUGCGCCUCAAAGCGUCUCUACUGUAGCUCAUGCUGAUCGCUCACACAUCGCCGCUGGCAAAAGCACACAGGCAAAGACCCACAAACACACACUGCACAUUUUCACACAUU